GUGGGAGAGAGAGAGAGAGAGAAGUAGACGGAGUAGGAGAGAGGGAGGACGAAGAGAAAAAGGGAGCAGCGGCGCCGACACCUGAGGUCCUUUUCAGUGGCUUAGUGAAGAUUUCCGGUGGAGUGGUUACAGACCCUUCAGCCUGAAAAUACAGAGGUGGAGCGUUCCCUUGGCUUGCUGUGAUUGGCCGGGACUCUGAUGAUGGCCCCAGAGGCUCUGUGGAAAGACCCACAAUCCUCGGCUCUCUGAUUUUCAGCAACAGCCUCUGUUGAAAUACAUACCACAACAAAACCCCUCCAAGCCAUGAUGUCAGUCUGCGUGCCCUCCCCAUGUAACUCCUCCCCUUCUGUGGAUGUGGCCAAUCACAACGGACCCUCUGUGACUCCGCCCACUUCCCUUAGUCUACGCUCCUCCCACAAUCAGCUGCUUAGCGGCGAUGUCGUGAAACAGGGCCAGGCCACGCCCCCAAAGUGUCGUAAGAAGUAUGCACUAACAAGCAUUCAGAGCGCUAUGGGGCUGAGUGAUGGCCCCGCCCCACCUUCUUCGUCACCAUCCGCCUCCUCCAACACAGCUUCAGCAAACAACCUGAAACUGGCGAAAAAUGGAGCCAACCAGAUGCGCAAGGCAGCCGAACUGCAUGACCAAAACAAAAACACGACCAAUGAGGAUGAGGUUGGAAAUCCAACAGAAGACUCUGAGCUUAUUGUAGACCAGGAGCUGCAUGCUGACCUGGACUUAAGCAUUGACAGCCGAACAGAGCUUGACCACACUCAAACGGAUGACUCUGACAGUAUUAGCGAGCUAGCAAAAGAGGACACAAGCGACUUCGUUAACGAUGAUGAUGCUAUCGAGGAGGAUCAAGUUCAGGACUCCAACACAAACCCGUUUGAGGAGGAUUCUGACGACCUGCUCAUUCUGUCAGAAAAAACGGAGCUCACCCUCGACAGGAAGUCGCCGCAGUUCCGAAAGGCCAAGAGCCUCCUGGAGUCGCACGGUGAUGACCUGACACUGGAUGAUCCAAGUGCGGAGGAUGAAGAUAUCACUCAACCGCUGUUGAAAGAGCAGAAGAACCCCAGUCCUCCGUCACCAAGGAAACAGCGCAGCCCUGAAGACACACCCCUGCUCUCCGUUGGGUCCUCUUCUGCCUCCUCCUCCCCUGAGACGAAGAAAGACAGGCCUCGGACGGGUGCCAAGACAGACCGUGCUUUGAACCGCAUCCAGAACCUUCCACACAGUGACGAAGAGUCCAGCUGGACUACUCUGUCCCAGGACAGCGCGUCACUGGGCUCGCCGGAAGAGAACGAUAUUUGGGGGGAGCAGUCGUUUCAGACAGAUCCUGAUCUGCCCCCAGGAUGGAAGAUGAUGACGGACAUGGCUGGCAUUUAUUACUGGCACAUUCCCACAGGCACCACACAGUGGGAGAGACCAGGGCCGUGCCACCCUGCACCAACCGGCCCUAAUCACGACACACGCAAGCACUCGCUGGGCUCUCUCUCACCCUCACCCACUCCUGACCAUGAGGGGUCUCAUGCUGAUGUGUUUUUCGGUGCGUCUGGUCGCUCUGGAAGCACUACGUCGGACAGCUCAAACGAUCCUGUCCCUCUCGCCUCCUCGUCCUGUCUGGAACCAGCACCUCUCCUCUCCUCGAACUCCUCCUCUUCCUCCGAGGCCAACGUUCCUUCCUGUGGAUUCGUCAAUAGCUGCUAUUUUCCUCGAUCCUCAUCGCUGCAGAUCAUGCCAGAGAAAGACAGGCACACUGAAGCACACCAUCGAGAGGAGGAUAAGAAACAGCCCUGGAGUGAUUUUGCAGUGGGAAAAAUUGAUAGUGAGAUCUGGAAGGAUCUUCAGGCUGCUACAGUGAACCCUGACCCCAGUCUGAAGGAGUUUGAAGGAGCUACUCUCCGCUACGCCUCCCUCAAGCUGCGACAUCCUGCUCCUGUUGAAGAAGAAGACUCCAGCAGCAUUAACAGUGACCCUGAAGCCAAGUGUUUUGCAGUGCGCUCUCUGGGCUGGGUUGAGAUGGCUGAAGAGGACUUGGCUCCAGGGAAAAGCAGUGUGGCUGUUAAUAACUGCAUCCGCCAACUUUCCUACUGCAAGAACGAUAUCAGAGAUACAGUUGGCAUCUGGGGAGAGGGGAAGGAUAUGUAUCUGAUUCUGGAGAACAACAUGCUGAAUCUAGUCGACCCAAUGGACCGCAGUGUUCUUCACUCUCAGCCAAUUGCAAGCAUCCGUGUGUGGGGCGUAGGCCGGGACAACGGCAGAGAGAGGGAUUUUGCAUAUGUAGCUCGUGAUAAGGACACUCGGAUAUUAAAAUGUCAUGUUUUCCGCUGUGACACGCCUGCCAAAGCCAUCGCCACCAGUCUGCAUGAGAUCUGCUCUCGGAUCAUGGCGGAGCGUAAGAAUGCCAAAGCUAUGGCUGGAGGAUCACUGCAGGACAGGAGCCACGCAGGACUCGACGUCCCACUGCAAGCAGAGUUCCCCACACCAAAGACAGAACUGGUACAGAAGUUUCAGGUGUUAUACAUGGGUAUGAUGCCCGUAGCCAGACCCAUAGGCAUGGACACUCUCAACAGCGCAGUGGACAGUCUGAUAACAUCAUCGGUCCGAGACGAGUGGACACCAGUGAUGCUGAAUGUAGCUGAUGCGACUGUCACAGUCAUCAAGGAGAAGGAGGAAGAGGAAGUCCUUGUGGAGUGCCGCGUUCGCUUCCUGUCGUUCAUGGGCGUGGGCAGAGAUGUGCACACGUUUGCCUUCAUCAUGGACACGGGCAACCAGCAUUUUGAGUGUCAUGUGUUCUGGUGUGAGCCCAAUGCUGGCAGCGUGUCAGAAGCUGUACAGGCUGCAUGCAUGUUGAGGUAUCAGAAGUGCUUGGUCGCUCGCCCACCGUCUCAGAAGGCUUGCUCACAGGUGCCCCCUUCAGACUCCGUGACACGUCGCGUCUCCACCAGCGUCAAGCGCGGCGUUCUAUCCCUCAUCGACACUCUCAAGCAGAAGAGACCAGUCACUGAGCUGCCUCAAUAAUCACAUACACACACACACACAUUCAAAGGCACACACAGACAUUAUUUGCCCAUGCUCACAUACUCAUGCAUUCAGUCAGCAUGCCUGGACCCCCACAUAUGUGCUCUGCAUUGGGGGAGCUGAAGAGGAAGAUUGAACAAAGAAUGGAUAAGAUGUCCAAAAGAAAAUGUGUUGAUGCCAAUCAGAGACUCACUCUUCUACAUACACACACACACACACACACACACACACACACACACACACACACACACACAGACACCUUAAGGUAGGUUUUCCAGUUGGAGAUUAAGAUUCCAGGGGCUGUAUUGCAAAAACAUCCUUAAACUUUAGUCCUCAUUUUUGCAAGUUCAUAUUACAGAAGCAACUCUUAAUUCAUUUAGGAACAUCUUGCAACAUUUUAUCUCAACUUAGUAAAUCCAGAGCUACUUAACUGAGAUUCUGAAGCAAAUGGCAAGACUCGCACAACUGAAACAUAACAACACAAUAAAAAUGCCGUUAACUUGCCUGCUACUGUUGGAAAAAACAUCAUAAAAAGUUCAACUUUUUAAAAAAGUCCAGUUCUUUGUGCUCUUGUGCCUGCAGCUUCCCCCACUCUUUAACCUUCCAUCUCUGCUGCCUAGUUUCGGUUUCCAUUUUCCAUAAUGUCAUCCCUCCUUAUCAAAAACCACACGUUCAGCUUAGUCUCUUCAUCAUUUACCACCGUUGAUGCAAUAUUACAUUUGGCAAGUUUUUAUAAAGGUAUAUGACUCUCACAUUAAUGUUCCAGUAGAAAGCCCGGUGGUAGAAAUGAAAUUUUGCAACAGACAUUAGGACACCACAGUACUUAGCGGAUUUUGUGUUGGAUGUUCCUGUAAAGACUCCUUUGUUAUCUGUAGUUAGUAAAAGAUAAUUAACUAUUAUUCUGUAAUAGCUGCUGUUUCCUAACUGAAGUCGUCAUGGUGACUAAUCAGAAAAUUUCAGAGGUAGGAUGUUUCUGUAAUGCAGUACCGGGUCUACAUUGUACUUUCAAUGGAGAAUCUCUAUUGAGAAUGCUGUGUAAUCCAGGACUAGGCUUAACCCUACAUGCACACCUCUGAUCCUUCAUCAUUUCUAGCUUGUUGUGGAUCCACCUCCUGUAUCAUGGACUAUCAGUCAUGACCUUGAUCUGCAUGGUUAGCCACACCUCUUCAGCAUGACACAGAACAGGCUCCACCCAUCUACGGAAACUCAAUACUGGGGCCUUCGUGGAUCUGAAGUUCUAGAAAGAUCAAAGUGUGUGUGUGUGUGUGUGUGUGAGUAUCUGUGGGAUUCUCCAGACAGAUCAAAUCCGACUGCUUAACCUCACUAGAGCUUCCUCUGUACAAUCCCAGCUGGCCGUAGUAGGUGCAUGAAUGCGUGUGUGUAUGUAUAUGUGUACUGUAUAUGUGUAAGUUGCUGCUGCUUCAUCAGAACUUCUAAAGCAUCUUUAGAGGACCUCUGAACUCCUACACAGAGCAUGUGUGUGUUUUCUUUCUACUUCCUGUGUCACUGCCUUCAUCAUCAUCAGUGAAAGGGUAGACAGUGGUGUGGGGAAGUCCGUUGCCAGCAGGUAGAGGAGAAAAAAAAAUUCCCUUUGUUUCUGAUAGCAGUUUGUCAAAAUCUUGACUUAGCAUCUCAGAACAAUGACUGAUGUUCUUAACAUUUAGACGUAUCUCGAAAUAGUGAACUACAUUUUUAAAGAAGUUAUUGUGGGAGUAACAAGUCAUUAUUAGGAGAUAUUAAGUCAAUAUUUACAGAAGAUAAGUGACUCACAAUUACAGGUCAGUAUUUCAAGAAAAUAAGUCAUUACUUCAAGAUACCAGGUCAAUAUUUUGUCAUAUUGUUACUAGAAACACAGGACAAUUUUUUCUCCUCUGACAGGCUGGAAUGGGCUUUCAUACCGAGGAUGAAUGGAUAGAUGUAUUUAAGCGAACAGAUGUCAGAAACCUAACGCAUUAAACGUGUAAAUACCAAUCAAAGCUUUCACCAAAAAGACAGAGUAAUAUAGAGACGUUGUUUUUUUUUUUUUUGUAAUGGGACUGUAUUGACAGCCCGUUUGCUGGACUCACCUCAGCGCUGCUGACUUGGAGCUGCCGCAAGACAUGUGGAACAUACACCCCCGACUGAACUUGACAUACACACCCACACGUAAUCCUCUUGAUGGAUCAGACGCCUUGAUGCCCACCCCACUGUAACAAAAGGGGUCGCCCUGUGGAUUUGUCUGAUUUGGAAACUAUGGAUGCUUAUUUUAUAUUUCCACAGUGAAGCUGCCUUCGCAAUUCCUUUCGAGCAGAGACGGCUAAAAGAAUGCUCGAACGGAUACUAAUAUGAUGAGGUGAACUACAGAACCCAUCUUGGACAGCUUUGCAUGAGGAUGGACUCAAGCCCAAACAUCCUGCGCCCUCCCUUUAACUCCUUAUACUGGCUUGGGGCAGAUGAGAUAUCAGUGAGGUUGUUGUUGAGGGGCAAACACUCUGGAUCUAAAGGAACUCCUCAACUGAGCAGUGCUUCCAGGUGAGCGGGGCAUGUUGAACUGUGCUCUAAAAGUGGGACUGUGCUAAAAACUGUUUUAGCUCUGCGCCUUUGUCCCCAUCUCGGACGUCAUCUUCAUUGUCUGGAUUGUCCGGCUUCUCACUCAACAUACAUGCAUCUGUGAAUUUGCUGCACUCUGGGGUUUGUAGUUUACUCUUGCCUUGUCGGCUGUAGUCCUAAUCUUGUCGCUCCCUUACAGUGGGGUUCCAAGCAGUCAUCUCUGUGUGUGUGUGUGUGUGUGUGUGUACAGUAUCUAUAUAUAACAUUUUUGCAAACACUUAUCACGUUAUAAGCUAUCUUUUGUUUUUCAAAUUUGAGAUUCUCUUAUUUUGAUAUAGUUUCUUUUUUCUGAUAUUAUUUUGCCUUGGCACGUCUUGUGAACACAUUCUGGCCAAAUGUAUAAAAUCCAUUGUAUGUGUUGUAGAUAAACCAAUGGACAAAAGCAAAGAGACGAAAAAGCGAAAGACAGAUGAAUUUAUUUUAUGGUUGGCUGUAGGAGAGGAGGUUAUGAACCGUAAGUGUCUAAUCUAUGCAUUCUUUUAGCUCUGAGGACAAUUGGGGGAAAGCGAGAGAAAAAAAAAAGACAUUGCCUUGCAUGUCCUGGGACAAUUUCAGAAGAAGAAGAAAAAGACGUACAGAACAGAAAUGAUAUUUUUUAUUUUAUUUAUUCUAUUUUAUAUCGGUAUAUACUGGUUUCAUUGUAAUCUAUUCUGUGCUCAGACAUUCUCUUCACCGUUGCUCACGUUAAACAAAUCACUCCAUGUUUCCGAAGAACAAAAAGAAGAAGGAACAAAAAAAAGACAACCUUAAAAUCCACAAUCCUUGUACAGUCGCCCUGGUUAAUCCUGUGAAGGUUGAUGUUCACUUACAGAAGCUGCCACUGUUACCAUAAAACCUGUAGGACAAAUACACUAAUAAGAUGCCAAUUUUUGAGCCAUUUUUGCCAACAAAUGCAAGAAAUCUAAGAAAGUACAUUGCCAGAUGUUUUCCAGAGGGGGGGAAAUAUGAAAAUGCCAUACAGAUGUAUUGGUUUAACCUAUAUAUAUAUAUAUAUUUUUUUUUUUUUUCUGUGACCCUCUUAGACCCACCUACUUCACAUUUUCUGAAUUGAGGGUGUAUUGGAGUAUUGUGGAUAUUGAUUUCUGUGUGACUUUUAAUUAGGGAAGCACAGAUUCACAAUGAGAAUUGUGGGGCAGUGUUGAUAUCCAAAACCUUUCAUAUACAUAUCUGUUGAUGCCAAUGCUAAUAUCGCUACAUAUUUAUAAAAGGUAGAAAUUGGGAUUACAACUACAUGGAUUAGUGCUAUAGAGAAAUGUAAUAUUUAUUACUGCAGGGUAAUACAGACGUUUGUGCACAGUAACCCAAAAUUUCUUAAACGUUCUGCUCUUCCAAAGCACAGUAAAUAUGUCAUCAAAUGUCUGUGUGAAAUAUCAGUGAAACCUAAACAUGCUGAUAAUUUGCUGAUUUAAAAAAAAAAAAACAAUUAUCCGCCAGUACCAUUACUGUUACAUGUGUGCCAACUUUAAAUCAUUUUCACCCUCCAUUCCAGCACUGAUGUGAAGGUGAGAUUCUUAAGCUGUUAAUGUUUAUAAGAAUAAGAACUUUACUUUUACUUGUACCCCCCUCUUUUUUAAGUCUAGUUUUAUGUAGUUCUUGUAUGUCAGAUUCGUUCAGGCUGUAGAUUUCAGUGUUAUUAAUGAGCCUUUUUCCAUUCUUUUUAGUGUACUCUGUAGGCUGAGGGUUGGUCAGGUGCACUUGGAGCAUACAAGUACAGAGAUCAGGAGAGGCCUGUGCAUAUUCUUAGGAUUAUUCCCCUCUUUCAAGGCAGGACAGUGGCUUUCUUCUUCAAAUCUGGUAGAAAUCUCAAUUAUACACAUAAACACAGACACUUACAUACUUGUGGAAACGUUGGCUUCUUCUGCUCUACACUAAUUUGUACACCAUAUUAAAUGUAAUCUGUUGUGAGAAUAAACGGCAUAUCAAAAUAA